AGAGCCCCAUGGAGUUUCUGGGACAACCAAAAACUUCUGGUGCCUAUAGCCUCUUAGGAGUGCCAGGCCUCAUCUCCCUGGACAUAGACGAUGACGACUGCGAUGUGGUGAUCGGCAUCAGGCCCAAAUCCUCUCCUCUCCCACGGAGAAGGAGCUCGGUCUCUGAUGAGGAAUGGGAGCCACCUGUGUGUGGCUCAAGAAGAGUGUCCUUUGCGGACGCCAAAGGCCUCAGUCUGGUGCAUGUGAAGGAGUUUGACACAUGGGAUGUUCCCAAGCUGCCAGGAUAUGACUCUUCUGACAGCGAAGGUAAAGAUGCAGAGGAAUACUUCCUAUCUCCUUUCACUUUCACCGUUCCGAUGUCUACUGAGGAGCUGUCCGUCAAGGUGCAGGAGCAGAAAGUAGAGUUGGAGACCAUCGAGUUACUUCCAGGGACCACUAUAGUGAAAGGAGUGAUCCGUGUCCUCAACAUCUCCUUCGAUAAAGCGGUAUACAUCCGAACCAGUUUGGACGGUUGGACGAGUCACUUUGACCUCCUGGCAGAGUACAUACCCGGUUCCAGUGACGGUCUGAUGGACUGUUUCUCCUUUAAGAUAACCCUAGUGCCCCCAUUCGGGCAGCACGGAGCCAGAGUUGACUUUUGUCUGAGGUAUGAGACUCCUGUUGGAACAUUCUGGUCCAACAAUAACAACAAGAACUAUGUUUUGUUCUGUCACCAGAGAACAAAAGACCAGAAGGAGACACCACAAAAGGAAAGUUCACAGAAGAAAAGUUGCCUUAAGACUGUCAGUCAGAACUUCUCUGCUGUGGAAAUCGUGUCAGCCGAGGAAACGUCAUCACAGGAAAACAUACCAGCAGGUAAACAUUAAUUUUUCUAAUCCUGAAAUUAAACAUGACUGUAAUAAUACAGCUACAAAACAAAUGUAAAAUGUCUCUUUUCUCCAGAUAUGUCAAAACAUGGAGAGAAAGUGGAUACUGUGGAAGUCAAUCAAAUCUCUGAUGGUCGGCCAGGAAUUUCAGAGGAAGAAGCACAGAAAUUAGAGACUGAGAGCAGACAGAACUGCAGCCGAAGAAGCCGCCGAAAGGCAGCGCGGAUGGCUCGGGUGAGGGACUACUUUGCUCAAAGAGACGGUGUAGUAAAUGGUGGUGAAAGUGAUGCAUCACCUCCAGAAGCGAAACAGGCAGCCAAAGAAGAAAACCCAGUGGAAAAGCAUUCAGAUACACAGUCUUUUCCUGAGGGGAACAGCAAAACAGAAGAUUAUCAGUUUGUCUCUGAAGCUCUGGCAACAUGCAGCAAAACCUCUCUUGAUGUCCGACAUGAUACAUCACGAGCACAAGACUACAUAUCUAACAACGAGCCAGAGAAACCUGAGAGCAUAAAUUUGUCUGACUCAGCAACAUUAACCGGAGGUGCAACUGCCACAGAUAUCCCAGACAACCCAUCACAUUCAAAUGAUGAGCCUGCUUCUGCAGAAGGCCAAAAUAUCCACAAGUCCAUCUCUAGAGCUGAGGAGAGAAGUCAGAAGCAAGGCGUGAAUUACACAUGCGGUAGCAACACUGCCAGUGAAACAGCUGACAGUGUUGUUUCAGCUGAGAGCAGUGAAAGCCUUGUUAGCCAGACCACCAGCUUCACAUUUGGAACUGUGGUGGCUCCACUUUAUCAUCAGAUGUUUGGCAGAGUGGGAAAUGAAAGUCAAAGCUUAGGGGAUUGUGGAAAUCCAGUAUUGGCUAAACCGAGUGUUGCAGACUUAACUCAAAGUUAUCCUCACACUGAAAGAAGGGAGAGUAGCUCCACUGUUUCAGCAGAUACUGAAAGUAACCACAACAAAUUGCAGAGAAAUGUGAUAGAGACUCAGGAAUCAAACCAAGAAUAUUUAGAUGCCAAUUUGAAUACUCCUCUCCUUGAGAAAGAAGAGGCAAAUUUGAGUAUGACAGCACAUGACACUCUGCACCAUGACACUCUGCAAGAUCCGGUUGAGAUUAAAAAAUCAGACCAGCGAAGCACAGAUACACCUCAGGUUCUAUUAUCACCAUUAGGAGAUAUAACAAGUCAUCCCCAGACCGGGAACAUUUUAAAUACGGAUUUGUUGGAUGCACAAAUAUCCGGAGACACUUCAUGUCCCCAGGGAAAAGCACAGGAAGACAUUCUGACCUGUGACCUCCAAAACCAAACUAGAGAAGAAACAGAUCAGGCUCAACUGCCAGAGAGUACAUGUACACAAAUUAAAACAUAUUUGGAUGAAAAACUCGCACAGAGUGAAACACAAGAGGACAGUCAACAAACCUCUUUUCUUUCACUUCAGCCUCCUCAGAGUGUAUCAGAGCAUGUUAGCGAUGACACAGACCAACAGGCCAGCAGCAGUGGAGCAGAUAGUCAUGACUCUGUAGAUGAGUCAAACAAAGAGGAAAACAUUGACGAAACCAUAAUUAGAUCAACAACCACUAAUACAUCUCCAGAAAAGGAUGAACUAUUAGAAACUUUACAUGAUUUGGAUGCUAACCAUAUCAGUGAUUCAGCUACAGAAGAAACUGAAAGUGUUUCUUGCUUUGAAAUUGUGGAGGAAAAGGAUGUCACAACACCUGAGACACAUCUCGAAACUCAGGAAGAAACUAGUAACAUGGGAGAUGGAAAUGAAGUGGCAAACAAUUUGCAUGAAGAUGAAACAGACCACUCAGCUGAAAUUAAGGUCAGUGGUGAGGCAGCUGAGUCAUUGACAAAGGCAGUGAUGAGUAACAAUCACGUACAUAGUGACAUGUUUGUGGAGCUAAAAGAUGAAGCAGAGAUUAUUUCUGAAAAGGUAGAAACGAAAGCUACAGUGUCAAAACCGGAGGAUCUUAGUUUAGCGGAGAUUACUGAUAUACAAAACUGGGAAAUGAUGGUUGAGGAAGAGGAAAAGAACAUCUUAACAGAUGAAGAGGGAAGCAAGGUGAUAAACUUAAGCACAGAGGACACAGAAGCAGUGGAGAAAGAGUCCGGAGAACUAAUGGAGGACACAGGGAUUGAGAAAAAUGAGGAUACAAUAGAGAAGAAAACAGAGGAAGAAACUUUGGAGAUCACAGCUGCUGAGGAGAAAGAGGACAAAGCUGAAGAUGCUUUGGAGGUAGAGAACAGGAGCACAAUAGGAGAGGAAGAAAUUGUGGAGACUGUGUUUGGGAAAGAAUUAGACUAUGUUCAAACCACAAAGAAGGAAUAUAUACCUGGUGAGGAAGGAAUAGCAGAAGAUACUGAAAUAGGGGAGGGAAAGGAAGAAGAAGAGGCAGAGUUCGAAAAAGAAAAACACUUUGCAGAGAUGCAAGAGGUAAAUAUUACAGGGACAGACAUCCAAGAAGAGGAUGAGAUAGAGGAGGAGGAAGAAAUGGAAAUAGACUUCUACGAUGAAGAUGAAACAGACAUGAAGUGGGGGGAUCAGGUAAAACCAGAAGAGCAAAACAUAGAAGAGGAGAAUCCUGAUUAUGAGGAGGAAAUGUUAGUCGAUGAGGCAGGAGAGGAGGAAAUUGUAGAUGCAGAGUCAGAGUAUACAGCAAUAGCAGACAGACAGGAUGAAGUCGAGUGCUUUGAAGAGAGGUUAGACAGUACACAAAACAAGGUCAAGGAUGGUUUAUCUGCUCCGGUGAACAUUGUGCAGGAAGGUGCAGACAAGAAUGUAAUUGACAAAGAAAAUACAGGAGAAGGGCAAAAUGCACACAUCUCAGCUGAAAUGCAUCCUUGCAAAGAGGAGGAAUUUCAAAGCAACCAGGGUGUUACACAUGACCUAUCAAAAGCUGGGAAAGAUGAGAGUGAUUUCGUAGCUGCAGAGGGAGGUUUGUGCAUUUUAACAGAUGAACCUGUAAGUGACCAAACAAGCCACGACAGCGCUUCAGCAGAGUCCGACUCCGACGACGAGGUAGAGUUGUACAUGCACUGUCUGAGGGCUGUCCACACAGGAGCACAGGCCUCUAAAGACCACAGCAAAGAUACAGGUUUGAGUGUGAGCAAAAGGCCCUCUGUAAGCAGAAGCAAACUGCUAUCCACAACCAUGCCAUCCAUCAGUGAGUCUCUGGAUGAGGAACACCUCAGCUGCCCUCAGGUCAGUCAUGAAGACACAGGGAUGGCAGAUAUCCAACCCACUGCUGCAGCUCUGUCAGCGUCAAGUGUGCAGGAAGGCAUCGACAGAAAUGUUUCAUGGUGGAAAGAUACUUUUUCCUGUAGCAAUAUCUCAAAAACAUUGUUAUACGCCACCUUGUUAGUGGUAUUUUUAGUUGUGGCAUACCAUUAUGAUUUUCUUGCCUGUUUCGGGCUGUAUUUAAUAACUGUGGUUUGGCUCUUCUGUCAGGGUGAGAGGCAGCCAGUUAAAAACAACAAGAUAGGUUAAGUGAAGCUGUAAAAAUCAGUUUCAGUUGUGGUUAUGUUUAAAAUAAACCUCUGAGGUCUAUGAGUGUAGAAGGAACUCACAUGAGACCACAAGGUCUGUUAGUUUAGUAGAUUUUAACUCCUUUUUUUCCGCUACAUACUAUCAUGACAUUUGAUAUUUAUUUGGAGAAGACAUGCACAGUUAUUAAUGGUCUAAAUAGAAGAGCAGUAGAUAAAAAUGGGCAUUAAUUGCAAAGUUUAUAUGACACACAUCAGAAUAAAUGCUGUAUAUUCCCUAUGGGAGUAUGUUAACUCUCUGUUAUUAAGAGUAAUAACCAAUUUUCUUUAUGCUUUACUGUACAUAAAACUUUCUGUAGACUCAGCCAACAGGCUGCGGACCAUUUCUCACACUGAUCACUUCUGCAGAGCAUUAAUUCAUUUUCGAGGUGUAAAUGGAAAUCGUCAGUGUGCUGUGUAUGAAUGACACCCCAAAUCAUAGUAUUUGUGUAAGCUACAUUUACUUUUCAUAAGGAAUGAAUAAAUUGUGCUGUUGACACAUCAGUGAGGUUAACAAGUUUUUAUUUCAAUGCUUAGAGCACUACUGCAUACAUAACACAGUCAAUCCACAUACAUAUUUAAACAUAGCAAAAAAAAUAUUUUUUAAAAAUGCAUUCAUGAUCACAAAUACUAAGGGAAGGAUCAAACGGGAGGUGUGGUGUGGGUCCAGUUCUUAUAAAAAAAGUUAAGAAAUUAAUUGUUCAUGCAGUUUCUGGAAUUCAGUAUCCAGCAUGUUCAUUGGAAACGAGGCUAAGAGGUUACAGGCAUGCUAACUGCU